AUGUAUGUUGAAGAAGACUUGCUAAUAGUUAACGAGGUCGGCGUCUCUAGUCAGCUAGCAGGGCGCAAACAAACUUCCGCCCGGCCCGUGUUUUCAGACCCUGAGAGGGUUUAUUGUAAAGUGGCGGAUCCCAGCCAGGAAAGUCUCCGCCGAGGUGAAGGCUCGGGUGGAUAUUCGUAUGCGAACGCGGUUAAGGACCGCGUGGUGCGGAAUUCGAAUGCCGCCCGGCGAAAAUCUACAAAAAUAGAGGAAUUUUACUGUAGAUUUUUGCCGGGCGACAUUCGAAUCCCGGACCACGCAGUCCCAAACUGCGUCCGCAAACAAAUAUCCACCCGAGCCGUCACUUCGACGGAGUCUUUCCUGACCGGGAUCCGCUACUCUACAAUAGACCCUUUCAGGGCAAACUAUCAGAGAUCCAAGCGACAUUAUAAUUAA